AUGAUUAAGACCUUCGCUCUAUUACUUGCUCUUAAUUCAGUGAACGCUGCUGCCAACAAGUGUGCUUGCGAAGCCCAGAAACACAAUUUUACGAUUGACUGUGGUGGUGGUUCUGCCAGCAACAAUAAUACUACAGAUGAUGUUGCAGCAGCAGCUGCUGCUGCUGCCAGCAUGACAACAGUCACCGAUGCACUAACGUACUUGCAAACCAAUGGGUGCUCGUCCGACUGCAUCUCGGAACUUUGUGAGAAGAACUUUUUCAUUGUCCAGAGUCAUUACGAUCACUGCCUCGACGACGAUAUUCCAUCCGAGAUUGGAGCAGAUCUUAUGCAGAACUUUCAAGCCCAGUGCUUUUCUUGUGCCAUUGUCCGCCAGGAAAUUGAUGGAGCACUUCAAUGCCCAACUCUAGAUUUGGAUUGCACAGAUGGAACUGGAAGCGCCGCCUACGACCGAUUGGUAUCCAAAGGGUGCAAUGAGCUCUUCCAGUGCACUUCCGCAAACUGUAAGGACGACUGGCUGCUCCUUCAGGUGGUUCGCGCCAUGUGCGGUAUAGAUUCCCUGAGUGUAGCGGCACAAAGGGGUUACCAUUCCUUGGAGGAGCCCUGCAAGGCAUUUCAGUGCAACCUCUCGCUUGACGUCAUUACCAAAACCUUGGAAUGCAGUGUGGAAGACCUUUUGUCAGAUGGAGACUUUGACCAUGACCACAAUGACCACGAUCAUGACGAAGACGAUGGUGAUGGUGGCAACAAAAGCGGCCCAAGUAUGGCUCCAACAGGAGGCAAUGUCCCCGCAACGGAUAGUGGGGCUGCCAAGUUUGCUCUUGGUACUAUUGUUGCCAUUGUCGUUGCCGCUGUCGCUCUUUUCUAA